GUUAUGAUGGAUCAUGCAUGGUAUCAAAGAAUUGAAUAGUGUGAAGUGAUCGAGAGAAUUUCAAUAACGGAGUGGCAAAUCAUUCAAAAGAAUAAAACUAGCUAUUAGGGAGAAUUAUUGUUGUUUAUUUUUUGAUGUUAUAGUUAUAAGUCUUGUAACAAUUAUGGACAGGAUUUGGAAAAGCAACAUUGAAAUCGCUCCAAAUUGCCCCAGGUGUGCCUCUACCCAUACAAAGUUUUGUUACUACAACAACUACAGCCUCUCACAGCCCAGGUACUUCUGCAAAGGCUGCCGCCGGUAUUGGACCAAGGGCGGCUCCCUUCGCAACGUCCCCGUCGGCGGUGGCUGCCGGAAGGGCCGACGCUCGUCUAAACCCGCCUCUCGGCCGGAAGCCGAGCGACCGCCUUAUCGUUCUCCAAUCGCGACGUCACCGUCCGACGCCCUUCACUUCCCCGGCGAGUCAACUCUCGCUGACCAUUCUGGAAGUGGUCAACGAGACUUUCCUCUUGCUCCCAUGAUUAUGGAGCAGGGAGAAGGAAGCCUUCAUCCAGAAGCUUUUAUCAACGGCGGCGAAGAACGCAUUUUUGGAGUGGAUGGUUGUGACCAGAAUGAGCUUCACGACGAGUUGCAGGCUCUAUUGCACGGGGAGGACGGUGGUCAAUGGUCAACGCCGGAAGGGCCGCCGGAUAUGGAGUGGCAGCCGCCGGUGAUGAUGAUGAUGCAGCCGCAGCAAGUUGAAGCUGAUUUCGGGACAUCCGUCGGAGGUGACGUUGACUGUUGGACGGGAGCUAGAGGGUCCACGUGCCUUGCGGCGGCGGUGGUUAAUAACGAUGAUGUUUGGGGGUCAUAUGAUUUGUCGUGUGGUUCUGAAAAUUUCGUGUGGCCUUGAAGCCAGCCCCAUCAUAUCCGGUCAGUUAAUUUGGAAGGUCAAGUCUUUUUCAUCCUUUGUUGGGAACACAGAGCGUUGGUGAAUAGUGAUGGAUGGUAUACAAGAUUUUAACGAUUUUACUGACUAAUUAAAAUCUCACAUUUCAACAUUUCAUAGAUUUUAGAUGGUUUCUAUGGUAUCCAUCCAUACCUUUGUCCACAUGGAUCAAUGAAAAUGUACCAGUUGAAUUAUUUAAAUCUAAAUUAAAAUUGAUAUAGAGAUGUGGUCCAAUCAAAUGAAUGCUAG